AUGGAAAGUGAAUAUGAAGAAACAGUUGAAGAACAGUACAUUUUGGUAGAAUUUGCUGGAAACACAGGGAGUGAUGCUUUGAAUCAAGAAAAUGUUUCCAUCAAAGUACUUGGCAUGGAAACUGAUGAACCCAUAAUUAAAAUUGGAAAUCAACUUUAUGAAGGAAAAUACUACGACACAAUUGGAACUGAACUCUUCUUCACAGAAGCUGAGGGUGAGCCACCUUCUGAUACCUUGUUUGAUACAAAAUUGGAAAAGAAACUCGAAUUCUAUGGGAAAACCAACACCAAACUUGUUGUAAGUCGAGCAUUUGCUAAACCGUUAGAGCAAUCGAAAAAUUCUGCCGACGUCCGUUUGCCCGAAGAAACGCGUGUGUCCGAUUCCGCUAAAAUUUAA